AUUUAAGCAUUGGGCCCGAGAGCAAGCUGGCGGGGCGUUCGUUCUUCUCCCGUGUCCUCGCGAGCUGAGUGUCGACGGAGCAGUAUGAGCAGCUUGUUACGCCGCCUCGAAGUCUCCCAUAAACGCGGGUUGAGCCACAGUCAGACGUUCUUGGAGAACGAAGAUCUGCUCCCGGUACCCGCAGAGCAGAGGACAUGGGACAAAUGGAACUUUGUAGCAUUCUGGAUCGCUGAUAGUUUCAAUGUCAAUACAUGGAUGAUCGUAUCCUCCAUGAUCCAGCUCGGGAUGUCCUGGUGGCAGGCGUGGAUCUGCGUGUGGAUCGGGUACGGGGUUGCCGCGCCCUUCCUUGUUCUGAAUGCGCGCCCGGGCGCGGUGCACCACGUCACGUUCCCGGUGGUCGCCCGGACGAGCUUCGGGUUGUGGGGAUCGCUGUGGACAACGCUGAACCGAGGCGUGAUGGCUUGUAUAUGGUAUGGCGUGCAAGCUUCCAUAGGAGGGAGCUGCAUGCUUGUCAUGCUGCGAGCUAUGUGGCCUAGCAUCAAUAACAUACCAAACCAUCUCCCCGCGUCAUCGGGCACGACCUCGCGCGAUUUCCUGGGCUUCUUCCUCUUCUGGCUGAUCUCCCUCCCGGCGAUCUGGUUCCCCGUGCACAAAAUCCGCCACCUCUUCACGGUCAAGUCCAUCGUGGUCCCGAUAGCCGCCAUCGUCUUCUUCGUGUGGUGCAUCGUGAAGGCUAAGGGCGUAGGCCCGAUCGUGCGCCAGCCAGCCACGAUCCACGGGUCGGAGCUCGGGUGGGCGAUGGUGACGAGCCUCAUGUCGUGCAUCAGCAAUAUGGCGACGCUCGUUGUGAAUGGCCCGGACUUCGCAUCCCGCGCGAGCCGCCCGUCCGCAGCGGUGCUCCCGCAGCUGAUCACGAUCCCGCUGGCGACGUCGAUCAUUAGCUUCAUCGGGAUCAUCGUGAGCUCGUCGUCGCAGGUCAUCUACGGGGAGGCGGUGUGGUCGCCCAUCGACCUCCUGGGGAUGUUCUUGGAUGGAGAGCCGUCCCACGCAACGCGGUUUGGUGUUUGGUUCAUUGCCGCUUCAUUCAUAAUCGCGCAGGUCAGGACCAACAUAUCGGCGAACUCGGUCAGCGCAGGCUGUGAUCUGACCUCGCUGUGCCCACGAUAUAUCAAUAUCCGGCGAGGGGGGUAUAUCGCUGCCAUAGUUGGGCUAUGCAUGUGCCCGUGGAAUCUGCUCAGGAGCAGCAACAAUUUCACCACGUAUUUGUCGGCGUACUCGGUUUUCCUGAGUUCCAUCGCGGGAGUAAUGAUCACCGAAUAUUGGAUCAUUCGGCGGGGGCAUUACCGAGUUGCUGACCUGUACUCUACUCGACGAGAUGGGUGGUAUUGGUACACUUUCGGAAUCAAUCCUAGAGCGUAUGCCGCAUAUAUCUCGGGAAUCCUCAUCAAUGUUGUCGGCUUCGCUGGAGUUACGGGCCAAACCGUCCCUCUCGCGGCUACCAGGAUUUAUCAAAUGUCGUUCUUCACCGGCUUCGGGGUCUCGGCACUCGUAUACUGGUUGCUGAACCGCGUGUUCCCCGCACCCGGCGCGUCACGUAAGUUCGAGGAAGUUGAUGUAUCCGAGCAGGUGGACAGCCCUGCGUACUCCCGGGAAGAAUCCGAUGCUGAGAGUAAGAGCAUGGGGAAGAAGAGUAUUGAGGAUGUCGAAGUGCGUGCCGUCUAG